AACAGUGGCGUUCGAACUGAGACCCAGAAGCUCUUUGGAUCCCGCUGGAGAGAACUUAGUAACAUGUCUGACUGUUUUUUAUUUGGCAUGGCUUGUGGUGACCGCAAGAGACGGAAUGACCUUUGAGAAUUGUGUGAGGACCAACCCCCCUCUUCACACCUGUGGCCAGAAAACGGAUCGGCGCAGAGAAUCUCAUUGAAUGACCAGCGUCUUGGGAUGAAUGGACAUCUACCUGUGAGUCUUGGAUAUCUAGAGUAACGCCGACGCCAGGUAGCAUAAUCCAGCAUCUUCUAAAGAGCAUUGAGUCAGCGAGAGAUCUGAUUGAACAGUCCACAAUCAUGUCGGGAGCAACGGACACAACCCCACAAGAGGUGAACACAGAGCAAGUGGUUCCAGCAUGGAAGUCGCGUCUCUUCAGCUGGAAGGUGGCGGGCGCCGUGCUGGCCUUCCUGGUCGUCCUCGGCUGGAUCUUCAUCAUCGUGGUUCUCAUCCUCGAGGAGAAGUGGCAGCUGGUGCUGGUGGCGUGGCUGCUGCUCUACUCGGCCGCCCACUUCUGCUACUGGUACUGCAAGCGCCACAGCCUCAUCACCCUGCACAGACAGAUCCGCCUGCGUGUGCUGACGCACAUGAGAAGCGGCGAGUCUGGCGCCAAGAGCGAGGACUGCCCGCCCACGUACGACGAGGUCAUGAAGACGGAGGCGCCGCCGCCAGCCUACUUCAUGGUCGUCACGGAGACGAUGAAGCCGCAGUCAUCGCCUGCCUCGUCCUCGUCGCCCGCCGCGCCCACCUACGUGUGGACGACGGACAACAAGCAGACGAUGGGCGACUCCCAGGCGAGCGUCAUGGAGUACUGCGAGCAGCCUCCGGAGUACAACAGCCCCAAGCACUCCAUGUCCUCCUCGAUGGCGCCGGCCGUGCACGGCGAGCCCCUCGCCUUCACCACGGCGGCGGCCAUCUCGGCGGCGGCGGCGGCGGUGUCCCCCUUCCGCAACGCGACGGCCGAACCGGUGGAGGACCCCAUCCGAGGGCCGAUCGUGAGGCACCUGCGGGCGGCGACGCUGGCGACGCUGGAGGUCUCGUCCAACGAGGAGCUCACGACCGAAGCGUCGGCGGCCAGCGCGCCCGGAGCGAGUACUGACUCUGGCGAGGCCUUCGACCAAGUCCAAGGGCCAUCUUCGAGGCAGUGUACUGUCUGAAUACUGUAUAUCAAAUAUACAUAUACGCAUACAUGCCAAAUACAUAAUUUAUAUCGGGUGAUAUCUAAUGUACAAAUCUACGUUACGUUUAUGUAUAAAGAUGUGCCUUAUGAAUGGAAUCUAAGACUCGCUCAGUGACAUACUUGUUACCACUUUCUGAUAGAAGAUAUAUAUAUUUCUAUUUUUAUAUUAUUGUACCUUUUUCUAUGUGAUUAGGUUGUAAGAAUGGCCAUUGUUACAAUAAAGUUGAAUAAUCA